AACCGCCGCCAAACUCACUCUUUUAAAUCCGGAAAAUCCCUAAUUAACGGACGCGAGAUUCACCUUGGUUGCCCUCCCGCCGCCACUAACGAACCCUUUCUUUCCCGUUUCAUCUUCUCUUUUCCCUCCAAUGAUCAUCUAGCUAGUCUAGAUAACGAUGGCGAUCUUCUUCUUCCUAGACGCAAUUACUCUCUAGUAAGAUGAGAUAGACGCGAUCUUCUUCUUCUUCAGAGUUUGGUCUUGCAUAAGAUUUGCACCUCAUCUGAAUUCCAUGGCAUUGUGUCUCUGGAACUCGGUGCCAUUGGAUUAUGGAUACUCUUCCACUCCUUCCCAUCUUGCACGCGUGGUGCUUUUCUGUUUUCCAUAGAUCAUGGAGACGCAAUUCUUGCCAACUGUGCUAAGAACCUCGAUAUCAAUUCAUUCUUGUUUCACCCCCACACUGUGGUGGUCAAUGUUCGUGAGCUCAACUGGAUGAGCGAUUGGCCUAUUCAAGACAGCCGUGCUGCGUGUCCUUUCUUUAUGGCAAGCUUCUGUUGGAGCAAGCAGGACUUUGAACAAGUCAAAUCUGCAAGCUUCAUAUUCGCAGCAGCACAUGUGAUCUACAGCGAUGAUCUAACCAUUGCCUUAUUUCGCAUGUUAAGGAGAGUUAUGACAUUCGGUUGUGACAAGGUGCUAUACUUAGGAUUGGAGAAACGAUACAACUUCAGCCUUGAUGAUGUUGCCAAUGGCUACACCUGCUUUAGAAGCUACGUCAAAGAAGAUGCAACAGGUGAGCAAGAAGAGAACAGGAGUUUUGUGGGCAAGCGCAUCGACGUUACACAGAUCCCCCAGUACUUGAAGGGUUAUGAUAGAGGAGACGAUGUUGAGCUUUGGGAGAUCAAAUAUGUACUUUGAUGUCUGUUUCGAAUUCCAUUUGCUGUUAAAAACAAGUCCAAUGUAGAGCUAAUCCACAUUACACUCAACACAAUGUUUAUAGAGAAUAAAAUGAAACCA